AUGAUUGCGGUCACACCUCAAGUGAGCUGCCAUCUAGAGAUCAUGGAAUACAAUCCAACAGGCGCGCCGAGAGCUUCUAGUGCCGUCAAAGAUAACAGUCAAGUGGUUAUGAUGACAGCCGAUGAAGAGAAAGCAGCAGCAACAAUGCCUACGGGAGAUGGAAAACAGGACCACGAUGCAAAACUCGAGACCGGACCAGGUCAGCUUGUGAAAUUGCCAGAAAGACAAAGAACUGUACAUGGCAUCAAAGUAUUGACAAGUCAUUUCCUUCAAGCUGACCCUAUGGUCAUGCCUAAACAAUAG